CAUUCAAAUACUUCACUCUCUCACAGGAGGCCAUCUAAAAUUGGUGGCUUUUUAAUGUGGUCGAUACAUUUCACAAGAUUUUUGGUGUAAUUAGCGUCUUAUCCAGGCUGGAUGUAAAUUUAAAUCUUUGCAAAAUGACACCGGAAAAUGAAGUGUAUUGACCUCCAGUCACCUCUUCCAACCAAUUAGGACAGUGAUUAUGAUUGAGUUGCACCUUGUUUUAAACCGACCAUUGGCAGAAGAAUCUGAUUGGCUUAAAACACUUUGAAAUAGCUUUCAACAGUAACGCUGGUAUUGAGUAGCAUCUUAUUGGAAUUGCUGUGCGUGCUUCAGGGUCACAGGUUUACAGCAGUAUCUGUCCAAAGCCUUGGCUGCCAACAUGGAUUUCCUAAUAUGGGUACUGCAAUUGUCUCUCCUACUUGUUGAGGAAUGCCAAGUAAAUGCUUUCAGGAAUGGCUUGACUGAGAAGCUUGGAUAUCAACAAGGUCCUGUCCGAAGCCCCAUAUACCAGUCCUAUGAAGAGCAGACCGGAUCUGCUACCCAGCAGCCUAGCCGUGGGCAGCAAAAGCCAUGGAUGCCGAAGCAGCAGCCUCGUGGCCACCAGCAGCAGCCUCGUGGCCACCAGCAGCAGCCUCGUAGCUACAAGCAGCAGCAGCCUCGUGGCUACCAGCAGCAACAGCAUCAGCGUCGUGGCUACAAGCAGCAGCAGCCUGGUGGCUACCAGCAGCAGCAGCCUGGUGGCUACCAGCAGCAGCAGCCUGGUGGCUACCAGCAGCAGCAGCCUGGUGGCUACCAGCAGCAGCAGCCUGGUGGCUACCAGCAGCAGCAGCCUGGUGGCUACCAGCAGCAGCAGCCUGGUGGCUACCAGCAGCAGCAGCCUGGUGGCUACCAGCAGCAGCCGCCUGGUGGCUACCAGCAGCAGCCGCCUGGUGGCUACCAGCAGCAGCCGCCUGGUGGCUACCAGCAGCAGCCGCCUGGUGGCUACCAGCAGCAGCCGCCUGGUGACAACCAGCAGCCUCGUGACAACCAGCAGCCUCGUGGCUACCAGCAGCAGGAGGAGCCUAGUGGCUUCCAGCAGCCUCGGGGAUUCCAGCAGCAUAGUGGCUACCACCAGCCUCGGGGAUUCCAGCAGCAUAGUGGCUACCACCAGCAGCAGCAGGAGGAGCCUAGUGGCUACCAGCAGCAGCAGGAGGAGCCUAGUGGCUACCACCAGCAGCAGCACCAGCAGCAGCAGGAGGAGCCUAGUGGCUACCACCAGCAGCACCAGCAGCAGCAGGAGGAGCCUAGUGGCUACCAGCAGCAGCAGGAGGAGGAGCCUAGUGGCUACCAGCAGCAGCAGGAGGAGGAGCCUAGUGGCUACCAGCAGCAGCAGCAGCAGGAGGACGACCUGGCCUUGGAGCAGCUUCUACAAGAACUACAACCGCAGGAAGCUCAACAGUAUCGUAGCAUUGGGCCUAAGCUAUGUACCUUUAUUGGGACUAUAGCAAGGUGGCUGACGGGUCCUAGCUGUGUGACUCAGCAUCUAUCCGAGGAGCCCGAGGAACCAAAGGGUUCACAAAAGCAGCAGCAGCCCGCGCAGCAGCGGUCUCUGCAGCCGCCAGCGCAGCAGCAGCGGUCGCUGCAGCCGCAGCCCGCGCCGCAGCCCGCGCCGCAGCCCACGCCGCAGCCGUCUCCGCAGCAGCCGUCUCCGCAGCAGCCGUCUCCGCAGCAGCCGUCUCCGCAGCAGCCGUCUCCGCAGCAGCCGUCUCCGCAGCAGCCGUCUCCGCAGCAGCCGUCUCCGCAGCAGCCCGCGCCGCAGCCCGCGCCGCAGCCCGCGCCGCAGCCCGCGCCGCAGCCCGCGCCGCAGCCCGCGCCGCAGCCCGCGCCGCAGCAGCGGUCUCCGCAGCAGCCCGCGCCGCAGCAGCGGUCUCCGCAGCAGCCCGCGCCGCAGCAGCGGCCCGCGCAGCAGCGGCCCGCGCAGCAGCGGUCUCCGCAGCAGCGGUCUCCGCAGCAGCCUCGAUGGCUUUUACUGCAGCCUUUCUUCAGUCAACUGCUGGCUCAGCGGCAGCCUGCACAGCAACCGCCCACACGGCAGCAGUCUCCACGGCAGCCAACACCUCAAUGGCUGCUCCGGCAGUCCACUUAA